UCAGAGGGGUUAGGGGCUUUAUCUGAGCUCACACAGCUAGCAAGUGCCUGGAGCUCUCUUAGAGCCCUCCCCUCUCCCCACACUCCAGAAUAACAUUCCUCUCUCAACUCCCAGAUAUCGGACCCUGAUGGGUCCCUGAGGGAUUCCUGCCAGGGAGCUGCCAUUCCUGAAACCCCUUUCCCCAACGAAUUUUUCGUUCGGAGCGCGCGGGCCAGGAGCCAGGUGAGGCUAGACGCUCCAUUUCAGUUUUCUCUAGAAUCCGUCGCUGUGGUUACUCCCAAUAGAAUGUUUCAGGAAGAGGUUAGUCUGCGCGGGACAGCGUUGCCAUUCAUCACUGCGGGAGGGCAGAAUCGGGGGCUAGGGGCCGCCCGACGAGAGGGGAGGGGCCAGGGGGCGGCCCCCUUGUGACCAGCCCUGAGGAGAGGUCAGGAGAGGAGGCUGGCUGAGAAGCGCCUGGACAGCAGCAGCUGCUGACGUUCUGAAUCACGCGCCCUGGGGCCCAAGGUAACCCAGACCUUUAAACAAACAGCGGGGCUGGGGGCGCUGCGGGGCGGGGGCGGGAAGGGGCAGGGACUUUGAGGGCUGAGUACUGGAGAUGGGGGUGGCCACGAACGCGUGGAGGGCGUGAGAAGGAUUCCGGAUUCUCAGAGGAAUCUCUGGGAAUUGAGGGUGCUGAAGCAAGAAGCGAGGUGUGAGAGCGCGAAGGAGCGUUGCGAGCGCGCAAGAGUGCGGCUGACCCUAAGACGGCGCCUGGAGGUGGGAGAGAAGGUGGAGCACAAGACAGCCCCAGAAGCAUAGCCGCAGCCCGAUUCCGGACGCCUUUCUCCCCAGCCCGGCGCUGAGCUGAUGGCCCAAGUUCGAGAAGCUUCCUUGCCCUCCGCCUCUUCGGUCCGCUGGAGCUCCGGAGGUAGGGGAGGAGCCUCACCCGUGGAGGCGGCCGUGAAGGCUGGGGAGAUGGAGGAGGAGGAGGCGGCGGUGAGGGCGAUGAAGGCGUGCGCAGGCCGGGAAGCUGCGGAGGUGAAGCUGCAGCCAUUACAAGAGCGCCAGCCCGCGCCUGAGAACUUGCCUUGGGGCAGCAGCCGCGGCGAGGAGAAGGCGCUCGCUUCAGCCCCCCCGCGCUGGCUCAGCAGCUCCUCGCCCCUUAGCCCGCGCCGCAAGCCCCGCCUUCGGCCCCAGCCCUGGGCGCGCGCCCGAGGCCCGCCCGCGCUCCCGAUCCCACCCCCGCCCCCGGUGCAUCCUACCCCGCAGCCUCCCCGACCCCGGCCCUGGCGCAGACCCAGCCGCAGAUCCCGCCCGGCGGCGGCGGCGGCGGCGGCGUCCAGGCCCCAGGUGCGGCAGAGCUGUCUCGGUGACUUAGGCAGCUCUGGGGAUCGAGGUGGCUUUGGGGACUGGCUGCUGGAGGUGGAAUUUGAUCAGGGUCCCACAGGCUGCUCUCACGUGGAGAGCUUUAAAGAAGCAAAGAACUGGCAGAAGAACCUGCGGUUGAUCUACCAGCGUUUCGUGUGGAGUGGGACCCCAGAGACGAGGAAGCGUAAGGCAAAGUCGUGCAUCUGUCAUGUAUGUAGCACCCAUAUGAACAGACUCCACUCUUGUCUCUCUUGUGUCUUUUUUGGGUGCUUUACUGAAAAACACAUUCAUAAACAUGCAGAAACAAAAGAGCACAAUUUAGCUGUCGACCUCUAUCAUGGGGUUAUAUACUGCUUUAUGUGUAAGGACUAUGUAUAUGACAAAGACAUAGAACAGAUUGCCAAAGAGACGAAAGAGAAACUUUUGAAGUUAAUAACUUCCACCUCAACAGAUGUUUCUCAGCAGCAGUGUGUGGAGUCAGGUGUUGAAGAGAAGCGAUCAGGCUGUGAGUCAAAGGAACAGGAGCCAAAAUUGGUGAAACCCAAGAAAAAGAGGAGAAAAAAGUCAGUCUAUACUGUAGGCCUGAGAGGGCUAAUCAAUCUUGGGAACACCUGCUUUAUGAAUUGCAUUGUCCAGGCACUUACCCAUAUUCCUCUACUGAAAGAUUUCUUCCUCUCUGACAAGCACAAAUGUAUUAUGACGAGCCCCAGCUUAUGUCUUGUCUGUGAGAUGUCUUCGCUUUUUCACGCAAUGUACUCUGGGAGCCGGACUCCUCACAUUCCCUAUAAGUUGCUGCACCUGAUAUGGAUUCAUGCAGAGCACUUAGCAGGGUACAGGCAGCAGGAUGCCCAUGAGUUCCUUAUUGCGAUAUUAGAUGUGCUGCACAGACACAGCAAAGAUGAUAGUGUUGGGCAAGAAGCCAAUAACUUCAACUGCUGUAACUGCAUUAUAGACCAAAUUUUUACAGGUGGCUUACAGUCUGAUGUCACAUGUCAAACUUGCCAUAGCGUCUCUACCACAAUAGACCCGUGCUGGGACAUCAGUUUGGACUUGCCUAGCUCUUGUGCUACAUUCAAUUCACAGAGUUCAGAGAGGGCUGACGGCGCAGUGAGUAGGAAUGACCACAUACCAGGCAUCCCCUCACUCACAGACUGCCUACAGUGGUUUACAAGGCCAGAGCACUUAGGAAGCGGUGCCAAAAUCAAAUGUAGUAGUUGCCAAAGCUACCAGGAAUCUACCAAACAGCUCACAAUGAAGAAAUUACCCAUUGUGGCCUGUUUUCAUCUAAAGCGGUUUGAACAUUUAGGCAAACAGAGACGAAAGAUUAAUACUUUUAUCUCCUUUCCCUUGGAGCUGGACAUGACUCCAUUUUUGGCCUCCACUAAAGAGAGCAGAAUGAAAGAUGGCCCACCACCAACAGACUGUGCGCCCAACGAGAAUAAGUAUUCCUUGUUUGCAGUGAUUAAUCACCAUGGAACUUUGGAAAGUGGACACUACACCAGCUUCAUCCGGCAACAAAAGGACCAGUGGUUCAGCUGUGAUGAUGCUGUCAUCACCAAGGCUACCAUUGAGGACUUACUCUACAGUGAAGGGUAUUUACUGUUCUAUCACAAACAGGGUCUAGAGAAAGACUAGUCUUAUCAGGCCACUUACCAGAACAAAGUUAAAGAAAUAGGCAAGGAUCCUACCUGAAAUGGAUGAUGACAAUACCUAUACAACAAUGAGCACCUCUUGAAAUAUCACAAAAACCUCCUGGAAGGAACAAUGACAACAGCACCUAUAUGACAAUUAGCACCUUGAUGUAAAGAACAUAUUUUACCACGGCCUGUGGGAAAAAUGAAUACUAGCUGGUGACCAUUCAGCCUUAAAUGGGAGGAGGGAGAAGUGGUGGAAAAUGGUCACAUAAAGCAGUUAAAUGAAAAGAAUGUUUUAGGUGGGGAGAGUGGGAAUAGAAAUGUUCUAGAACUACUAUAAGUCAUUUAUUUCUGUAAAAUAUACUGUAAAACUACUAUGUGGAGUAUUCAGCAAAAAGCUUCACCAUUGGUAUUCCAGCUGUGGCUGACGAGAUAGUUUUGGGGGAAAGGAUAUUUUAAAAGAGAUUCUGAAAAGCUUUAAAAGAAAAACAUUUUUUUAUUUUAAAAGAAAAAUGUUUUUAAAUGUUGGAAGUUCUUAAGUUAGAUGUUUUUAAAUGUUUUAAAAACUAAAGUUUUUUAUUUAAAACUUCAAAUCUAUUAAAAUAAGGCUUAAAACAUUUUCAAAGUUCUUUGUAUAAAACAGGUAAAAUGAAUAAAACAAGGAAAAAUAUUAAAAAUGGAAGUUUACCAAAAAAGUUAGUGAAAGAAUCAGCUUUAAAAUUAAAAAGUUAAAAAAGAACAAGACUUAAUUUUUAAAAGAAAUAAAAUAAAUUUUUUAAAAUUGGAGCAUAAAACAUGUGUGUUAGAAUCAAAGGCUAGCAAAAUUCAUGAAAAUGCAUUAAGAAAUAAAUUUUCAAAAAGUAUAGGUUGAAAUUUAAGUUUAGAGAAAAGUACAAAAGCAAUGUUCAGAAUUAGUCACGACAAAGAUACAAAAUUUUUAAAUUGAAAAAAUCUAAAAAGGAAAAUUAGAGAAUAGAGAUUUAAAUGUAUACAAAGAACUUUAGACAAGUUGAAUUUAAAGAAUUUAAAUAAAUAUUUAAUGAAGGGUAAAAUUUUAAAACCUUUAAAAGUAGAAUUUAAAGAAAAAUUGAAAAUGAAAAAAUUAAAUAUGUUUAAAUAGAAAAAUCCUAAAAUUAAAAGCUUAAAAGGUUGUGUUUUUUUACAAAAAUUUAAGCAUAUUAAAAUACAUACGGGUAUGAAAGAAGUGGAGGAAACAGAAAUAAUUUGACAAAAAGGUUUGUAAAUAUAUAUUUUUUUGAGUUUUAUGUUACACAAAUAGAAUUUUGUAAAAAAAAAAAAAAUAGAGACUUUAAUAAUCAUCCUUUUACAAUUCAGUUGUGAGAUCACUGCAAGCCUCAACCCUAGCCCACCCUCUCUUUUCAGGUUCCACGUGCCAUCUGAUUUCCUGAAGGAACUAGAGUUAUUUCUUAGGCAGAAUCAACAGCAUCUGAAAAGAUGAAUAUAGUAGGGACUCUCUCCCAUUUAGAGCUGCAUUCAUACAAAUUAUUCCCUUCUGAAGGGGGCUUUUGACAAUUUAGUGGCUUAUGGAUAUUAGAUCACAACUGUGAAGCUCUAGCCUUGAUGUUUGAGCCUGAUGGCCAUUGAGGGGUGACAGGGACCCAUACCUUAGAACCUCCCACCUUCCUCUCUCCUUCCCUCUCCAUGGAGAAACAAGACCUUUAAAAUUCCACAGUAGAGCUAGGGUUUGUGCUUAACAGUUCUACUCAUUCCUUACUCUCUUUUCCCUUCUUCCAUCAUUCAUGCCUGGUUUCCUGAACCCCUCACUUACUUUACCUUACCUUCUACAUCUCCAUGUCCCAGCCUGUAAGGGCUCCUUCCUUCGCUGUUCACCUGGUGGCUUCUACUCCUUUGAGACUCAUCAGUGACGUUUCUGGAGCCUUCCCUGAAUGCUAUAGGCAGGUAUAAGUUGGAAAAUUGUUUCUCCCUCACCUGUGUAUCCCUUUCACAGUGCCUCCAAAGUACUUUGUCUGUACCUCAGUGAUAGUACUUAUUCUACUGUGAUUCUACCGCAGCUUUGUGAUUGUCUGCCCCUCUGCAUCAAGCAUUCUGAGAACAGGGGCCAAGCCUUAUUCGUUUCUGUGUUAAUAAAUGGUUGUUGACUAUGAAAA